UCUGACCUUCCAGAAGAAACGGAGGAAGGCCGACGGCCGGUAACUGUCUCCACGCGCCAGACGCGGUUUUCGACCGUCGGAUACGGAGCGCCCCUUAUACCCGCGAUAGAUUUUCUUCUCCUAUAAGAAGGCUGCGUCAAACCCCAUAGACAAAUCGGAUGAGCAGGAGGAGAGGUUGAAGCGUCUGGAAUUCGUGCAGGCGGCAGCAACCAAGGGGAUGGCGUGCUUCUCGAGCCUGUACGGGUACGCGAAGGAGAAGUCGGGCCCGUUGAGACCCGGCGUGGAGACCGUCGAGGGGACGGUCAGGACGGUCGCCGGCCCUGUCUACCAGAGGGUCCACUCCCUCCCUCUUCAAGUCCUCCUCUUCGUUGACAGCAAGGUGGACGAGACGGUAGUCAAGGUGGAUCAGCAGGUACCGCGCAUUGUGAAGGAAGCGCCUGGCCACGUUUAUUCUGCUGCCAAAAAGGCUACUGGGCUGGCCAGGGAUUUGGCCUCAGAGGUGAAGACCGGUGGUGUGGUGGAGGCAGCCGGCGGCGUCGCCAAGGCCGUCUACGCCAAGUGCGAACCAGUGGCCGAGAAGUACGCGAUCAAUACAUGGCACGCUCUCAACAAGCUCCCGCUCUUCCUUCACGCGGUGCACAUCGUGGUCCCGACUGCAACUCAGUUGUCUGAAAAAUACAACGACGCCGUCCGUUCCACAACAAGCAAGGGAUAUGCCUUCCCUGCUUACCUGCCUCUCAUCCCCGUCGAGAGGUUGGCCAAAGUGUGCGCUGAAGGCAAGCCUGCUUCUUCUGAAGGCGCAUCAGAUGCCGCCGUAGGGGCGGCUCAGCAGUAAUGAGGAGAGAACAGAUCUUCUCUUUGCACCCAUAAUAAAGCUUCUCCAUGUAUUUAAUUCCUUUGGGGGGGGGCAUCAUCUAUCUGCUUUUGUUUUGUCGAAGAUGAGCCCGUUCUAGCUUGAGGUUUUGUAUGGUUAGUGGUGAUUUUGUACACCGUGGGCAUUUGUGGUUCAAUUGUUUGUUUUUCUUAUGUUUGAAGUCUGAUGAAUACAUAUGUGCUGUUUUUCUA